AACUGUUACUCCUUACUCCUCUCUCCUUCACACCUCUUUCUUCUCCCAACAAGUCUUCUCUGAUCUCAUCUCGUUCAAAGUCUUCACCCCUACAAAGACACAAACCUAACCCAAAUCUCUCAAAUCUCCACAAACCAUCUUAAAAAGCAAACCUUAACCCUUCACCCCCCACCCCCACAUCCCCAAACCUCAAAAUUUUCUCAAUUUUCAGGUAAGGGUUUCCCAUUUUUCCCAAAUCUUACAAAACUCAAACACAAAAAAAAAUGGCACUUUCCGAAAGUGUUGUGAAAAAGGUCCUUCUCUCCUACACCUACGUAGCAAUCUGGAUCUUCCUCAGCUUCUCCGUCAUCGUGUACAACAAGUACAUCCUCGACCGCAAGCUCUACAACUGGCCAUUCCCGAUCUCACUCACCAUGAUCCACAUGUCCUUCUGUUCCUUCCUCGCCUACCUUCUCGUCAAAGUUUUCAAGGUCGUGGAACUCCCAUCCACCAUGACUCGUGACCUUUACCUCAAAUCUGUGGUACCCAUUGGAGCUCUCUACUCCCUUUCCCUCUGGUUCUCCAACUCCACCUACAUCUACCUCUCCGUCUCCUUCAUCCAAAUGCUCAAGGCUCUCAUGCCCGUCGCGGUUUACUCCAUCGGGGUUUUGUUCAAAAAGGACUCUUUCAAAUCCGACACCAUGGUCAACAUGCUCUCGAUCAGUGUCGGUGUCGCAAUCGCGGCUUAUGGGGAGGCAAAGUUCGAUUCUUUUGGGGUCAUGUUGCAGCUGUUGGCUGUGGCUUUUGAGGCCACCCGUUUGGUGAUGAUCCAGAUUUUGUUGAAUUCCAGAGGUAUUAGUUUGAACCCCAUCACUUCGCUUUACUAUGUUGCGCCUUGUUGUCUUGUUUUCUUGUGUUUCCCUUGGGUGGUUAUGGAGUACCCUUUGUUGAGAGACACCUCGAGUUUCCAUCUCGAUUUUGUUAUCUUCGGGACAAAUUCGCUCUGCGCUUUUGCUCUGAAUUUGGCUGUGUUUUUGCUGGUGGGGAAGACUUCGGCUUUGACAAUGAAUGUGGCCGGUGUUGUUAAGGACUGGCUGUUGAUCGCUUUCUCUUGGUCGGUGAUUAAGGACACUGUGACCCCUAUUAAUUUGUUUGGGUAUGGAUUGGCAUUUCUGGGUGUGGCGUAUUACAAUCAUUCCAAGUUGCAGGCUCUUAAGGCGGCCGAGGCGCAGAAAAAGGUGCAACAGGCUGAUGAGGAGGCCGGCAGAUUGUUGGAGGAGAAAGAAGGGGAAGGAACUGGAAAGAAGACUGAAACACAAGAUUGAUUCUUAUUUGUUUUAUUUUGUUUGCUUAGAAGGAAGGAAAGGAAAGGGCGAUUGGAUUGGGAUCAAAGAGAUCGAGAAAAUUGAGUGUGGUGAGACUUGAGAGGCAGUUUUUGUUUAUUGGAUAUGUGUUAUUAGGCUUAUUCUGAACUAUUUAUUUAUGUUCUAUGUCUAUUUCUUUUUGCACUCAUUUUAGUUUUAGUAGGGGUUACUACGUGUUAUUGGGAUUUCAGAGUUAAUUUAUGUUACCUAUAGUGCCUUAUGGAUA